AUGAAAUGUCCUACUACUCCCAUUUCCUUUCCACCUUCCUCUCUCUCUCCCCUUUCGUUAUAUACUCAAAAGUCACAAGUUUUCAUAUUAAAUAUAAAACUCCAUUGAAACUCUAUACUCAACAAGAACUUAGAAAAAAAAACAAAAUCCCAAGUUCAAAACAUUUACAAAUAUGGCCAAAAAAUUGAAGAUUUCUUCUAUUUUCAAGAAAAAAGAACUAGGGCUAGCCACUUGGCAAUGGCCAUCUUGUACACAUUCCAAGACUCUAUCUUUUAGAGGUGAUGACAACAUUUUCAAAACUAUAAAUUCAGUAUUCUUUGACCCUUUUGAUGGAAUUGAAACUCCACAAUCUUAUUCCACAAGUUCAUCAUUAGAUACUAAUAGCAUUUCAAUAGAAUCCCAUGAAGAAAUCAUAAAAGGGGCUAGAUCAGAAAGGCUAUUUUUUGAACAAGUGGCUACAAGUUCAAUUUUUCAAGAACCACAAGAGGAAAAUCAAGAAAAUGAUUUGCCAUUUAAAGAGAGUGUAAUUUUGGCUAUGGAAUCAAAAGAUCCUUAUUUGGAUUUUAAGAAAUCAAUGAAGGAAAUGGUUGAGAGUCAAGGGAUUAAAGAUUGGGAUAAUUUACAAGAAUUAUUAGCAUGUUAUUUGAAAUUAAAUGGUGAAGUAAAUCAUGGUUUUGUUUUAGGUGCUUUCGUCGAUCUACUUAUGGAACUUGUUAUCCCUACUACUCCGACUACAAAUUCGGAUAAUUCAAUUACUUCUUAUUCUUCCGUUGCUUCUUCUUCUUUUUCUUGCCCCUCGUCUCCUCUAUCUUCGUUAGGACAUAAAGAAACUGAGGAGCAGGAAAAUGCGAAAGUCUCCUAAGACAUAGUGUAUUUUUUUUUUAUUCAUAGUGAAAAGAAAAUUUUCUUCUAGUUCCGUUGAAUGUUCUUACAAUUCAAAGAAGGCUUGUCAGAAAUUACUGAGUGAGUUGGUUCAAUACGAUUCCUCAAUCAGAAUUCAACUUUUUUCAAAAGGAAGAAAGAGGACUACUCCAACUCCAUCUUAACGAGUGACACCAUGCAUCUAGGUACAUCUUCCUUAUUCAUCGAAGUUUAUUGGCUCGAGAGUCGAGUAAUUCAGAUUCAUCCUAUCAAAUGAUUUUUCACUCCAAAAAUUGAAAUUUGAGGCAUGUGGUUAAAAACUGAGGGGUCAAAACUAUCAUGUCACACCUCUCAAUGAUUAUGUAAUCACAUUUUGUGUAUACAAUAUAUUAUUACAUAUUAAUUUUUAUCUUUCUUA